GAACAGUUGUUAGGAAGCAGGACGUGGGCAGGAGAAGGCUGGAGGGAGGCGCUGGAAGGAGGGAGGUGGAGCAGGCGCACGGCUUAAAGGCUGGCUGGGAGUGUGGCGGGGCUCGCACUUCAUCCAGAUCUGACAGAAACGAGACUGGCGCAUCACUCCAACCGGGAUUUUCCUCUAAAAAGCACAGUGAACAGGGACGGACUGCGGGAAUCAUGUGCGGGAUCUUCGCUUACCUAAAUUACCAAGUGCCACGGACCAGAAAGGAGAUAUUUGAGACGCUGGUGAAGGGGCUGCAGAGGCUGGAGUACAGAGGGUACGAUUCAGCAGGAGUGGCUGUAGAUGGUCCAAAUAAGACGAGCACCGACUCCAACAACAACUCCAUCCGCUUGUUUAAGAAGAAGGGGAAGGUGAAGGCUCUGGAUGAGGAGCUCUACAAAAAAAACUCCCUGGACCUUGAGGCGGAGCUGUACACGCACUUUGGUCUGGCUCACACGCGCUGGGCCACGCACGGAGAACCCAGCGCUCUCAACAGCCACCCUCAACGCUCUGACAAGAACAACGAAUUUGUUGUCAUCCAUAAUGGGAUCAUAACCAACUACAAAGAGCUGAAAGAGUACCUGAUCACCAAAGGAUAUGAGUUUGAGUCCGAGACAGACACAGAGGUGAUCCCCAAACUACUUAAAUAUCUCUAUGACAACCGAGAGGAUGACCAGGUCACCUUCUCCACGCUGGUAGAGCGGGUUAUUCAGCAACUGGAGGGCGCCUUUGCUCUGGUGUUUAAAAGUCAGCAUUACCCCGGAGAUGCUGUGGCUACGAGGAGAGGAAGUCCGCUGCUCAUCGGUGUGCGAAGCGAGCACGAGCUGCAGACUGAGCAAAUCCCCGUCCAGUACAACUGUGGACAUAUCAAAGAAGGAGUUCAGGAGAAGAACAGUCAUAACCGGUCUGACAGCACCAUCAACUCUGUGGGAGACGGCAGAGCCGUGGAGUAUUACUUUGCCUCUGAUGCCAGGUCAGGAAGCAUUUUGUCUAUUUUGUCCCUCAGCUUCCUCAUUUGAUAUCUUAUCGAUCAAUUUGAAUGUCUCG